AUGCGCGUCAAGGUAUUGACGGCGGCAUCUUCUUUAAUCGCUCUUGGUGCCGGCCUAUACCAGGACGCCCACCAUGGCCUGGAUUUGCGGAGCGAGGAGCGCUGCAAACAGGUCCGCGACCAAGCCGCCAAAUUGAUGGCAGAUAACGGCAUUGUCGAGUAUCUCCGGGACCCUCCUCAGGGGUAUCUCUCCGAGAGCGUUGAUCUUAUUCGGGGCCUCGAUGACAUUGCAGCGAAACUCAAAGAAGAAAAACGAGGCGGUUACGCCAAUGAGCUUGAAUUCCUCGCCAACCUACGCAUGUUGGCCAACGUUCGCCCGCGCGACUUCCAUCUUGGCCAUUGGACGCCGCUGCUGAACCUGUUUGACUUUCCUAUGAGCGCUCAGUCCGUCUCUAUUUCUGAUAAUGCGCUCGCUAUACCCAAGAUCUAUCUUUACACCUACGUGUCGCCUGAGCCGUUCGCCCUGGGCCUCGGUGACACGACCAAUGUUAAGUGCCAGAACGGCACUAUAUUUAACUUCAGUAAUGCCGCCCGACUCCUUGCAAACUUCACAAGAUUCGCCUCGGGCGCUGAUCUGUACGAUGUUUAUGGCUGGGGCGACGUGACAGACGAGCGGCCUCUCAAUGCCCGGUUCUACCAACUGGCCGAGCGCAACCAUAUAGCCGCUUUCACGGGCUAUCCCAGGGCCUUCAAGUCGACCAGGCACGUAGCUGGCUUUCUCCCCGAAGGCUCCGAGUUCUCGGAUAAGGCAGUGCUCGCCGUGAAUAGCUUCAGCGAAGCGCCUCACCCGGACCACGUCGAUCAAUCCAUGAGCGUUCAACAGAGAAACUUCUAUCAAGUCGUGGUUGACUUUACAAGUGCUGCCAAAGCGGCCAACCGUACUAAGCUCGUCCUCGACUUCCAGGGCAACGGCGGCGGCCUCACCUCCAACAUAAUGGCCCUUUACUUCGCCCUCUUCCCCGGGGAUACCCUACCCAUCCUCUCGCAGGCCCGCGCCCAUCCCCAGUUUGCCUGGCUGGGCAAACCGGUCUGGGACCUCACGUCUUUUGCAUCCCAAUGGCCGCUGUACGACUUUGUCAGGCCCGACGGCAAGCCGUGGUCCUCGUUCAAAGAGCUGUACGGGCCCUUCCUGGAUGCCGCAGCCGGCCACAAACGAUGGGGCCAGCACACCCACCCGGCCAUUAUCAACACAACGUCGGUCCUCCGAUUCUCCACCGACCUGUUCCCUCUCCCCGACGGAUGGCAGUACCGCCAGCUAUGGAAUACGCCGCCGUUUCGUCCCGAGGACAUCAUCAUUGUCAGUGACGGGCAGUGCGGCUCGGCCUGCGCCCUCACCGUCACCAUGUUGACCCACGCCCAUGGCGUGCUCACCGUUGUGCUCGGUGGCCGCCCACUGCGCGCCCCGAUGCAGGCCGUCGGCCAGACCAGGGGCGGCCCCAGCAUGAGCUUCAUGUUGAUGCCCGACUUUAACAGGUCCCAAGUGCCCGAAGGCUUGACACUGCCGCCCGACAAGUUCACGUACCGGCCGCCGCUCCGAGUCGGAGGGUCGCAGGGCGGCGAUUCCUGGGCUAUGACAGUCACGUUCAAUUCGGUUGAUUUGCUGCCGUACAAGGGGAAUACGUCGGACCUGGGACAAGGCGAGGUGCCGCUGCAGUUUCGCUAUGAGGCGGCCAACUGCAGGCUGUUUUACACCUGGGACAUGGCACGGGAUAUCACGGCCAUCUGGAAGGCUGUCGCUGGGGUUGCUUGGGGCGGAAAGAAAUGCGCGCCUGGGACGACGAAUGCCGAUGGGAUGAUGGGGGGUGUCCCGACGUAUAGCAAGGUGGUUGAUGAUCAGUAUCGACUGGGAAAAGGGGCCGGGGCGCUUGAUAGGAAGUAA